ACACAUGCUCACACACACUCACACAUGCACUUACAUAUCCACAGACGAUGCCCCCCGCCCCAAUGCAUACCCACAACAACACACACGCAUUAUUCAACAAAACAGGCUAGAGUCUGUACAUGUAAUAAUUUACAUUUUUAAACCUCACAAAUAACAACAAAAGCAGUCUGCCAUUUCCAGGGUAGCCUCGCUAUGCAUUCACUAGUAAGUAUUAACAACAGUGGAAAAACCCACACAAAGAGAGGAAUCUAUAUUUGGCACAGGGCUUAUUAAAUUGUGUGUUAUACUUCCGCACUUAGGUGAUAGCUUACAAAGUUAACGUGAAGUAGGAAGUGGAUUUAUAAACAGAGGUGAAACAAUGGCAUUAUCAAAACCUUCACUCACACCUGAAAUGGAUGAGGGACAAGAAAAUUACCUUCGCUUGAGAGUGCUUCUGGAACGUGCUUCAGAUGUUCUUAGAGAUGUAUUGACAAAAGAAUUACACAAAGCUUAUCCAGGGGACUUUGACCAAUCCACAGGCCUAUUGUAUAAUGUUCUGAACAUCCCAGCUGUAAGAAGAAAUUUGCUUCAGCUAAGUAGGAGAAAUGUUCUAAAUGCAAGCCAAAAGCAGAUUUUGUAUCCAGCUGGGGCCUGUUCCUUAACUGCAAAAGUAAAUGAUUUUGAUGUCACCUUAGCUGUCCUGUUGUUAAGAAAUAUCACCACACUGAAUCCAAGCGCCAAAUGGAACAAGCCUCUCAGCAGUGACUUGUCCACAGAAGCUGACAUUGGUCGAGUGAAGACAUAUCGUAACAAACAUAUGCAUGGUGUGGCCAGGCUUUCAGCGGCAACAUUUCAAAGUGACUUUGAAGGUCUCAAGACAGUACUGUUACGUUUGUCAAAGAUCUACACAGAACAAGACUAUGAUCACAUUCUCAUUAAACCAAUACAAUCCACAGGAGUACCUACUGCUUGUCAACUCAUGUCUGUGGACCUUCCCAGAAAAGACAGUAACUUCUGUGGACGAGAGGAUUUGUUGACUGAAAUUCAAGAACAGGUCAACAACUCAGAUGUUUUGCUCCUGACAGGGAUGGGUGGCAUUGGCAAAACCAGCAUUGCUGUAGAGAUGGGACAUCACAUGAGUGAAAAAGGUAGAAAUGUUUUUUUUCUAGACAUGAGGCAGGUUGAAAAUCUUGGUUCUGUUCAGUUAUCACUAGUGCAACAUUAUAAUCCUCAGAUGUUUUUGAAAGAAAUAUAUGCCGACCAUCAGAAUUUAUUUCAAAAGACUCUUUCUGAGAUCAAAUCAGCAACUGUGGUUAUCUUUGACAACAUUGAUAAUUUACUUAGAGACCAGACACAGCAGUUCAUGAAAUUACUUCAGGAUAUGUUGAAAGCAUCAAAGCACAUAUCUUUAGUCUGUACCAGCCGUGAAUCAAUUGGCCUCACAUCUGUGAAAGUAAAUGAAAAAGUAAUAUCCCAUCUUGAUGUUAAGUCAUCAACUUGGCUACUAUCAGGUGGGAGGUCUGUCCCCCAAACAGAAGAUGUUAAAAUCUUGGAAGAAAUAGCUGCUAGAUGUGGGUAUUGUCCUCUUGCCUUGAAAUUACUAGCACCUCAAAUAAGAAAGAAAGGAGGUUUGCAAAUGCAAGAGAAAAUAGACAGAAAAGGUGUUCUUGAAGUGGCAGAUUCAUCUAAAUUUGAAGGAAUGAAGUCGACUUUGGAAAUAUCCUUUGAAGCAUUGUCUGAUAGCGAAAAAGAUAUGUUCUGCAGUCUGUAUAUAUUCCCAGUGUCUUUUAAUUUGACCGAUGUUUCAAACAUUCUCCAAAUAGAAGAGGGCAUAUGUGAAGACAUUUUUGACAGUUUCACAUCCAAGUCCCUUGUAAACCAAGUGAGUGAUCAGGUUUAUGAUCUACAUCCCCUGUUAAAGGCUUUUUCUGAGUCCCAAGCAAAACAAUUUCCUGAUAAACAAUUAGUGAUGGAAAUUUCAUACUAUAGAUAUUAUUGUGACAGAGCAGCAACACUGGUAGUGAUAUUUGAAUCCUCAAUUCCAAAAGAUGCAUAUGAAACGGCAGUAACCUUAGUUCCACAUUUGUUGUUCAGUGGAAAGCUUUUGUUGAAACAUCUAAGCAAAUACCUUCAAAAUAAAUCAAUAAGCACUACUGCACUAGACGGGGAUGUGGACACAGACUUUGAUGAUUUCAUACAAAGACUUCUGGACAUAACUAUUGUAUUGAAAAAAUUGUAUUUGUUUAAUGAACCUCUGCACAUAUUAAAAGAGUCAGUAAAGAUUCUUAAAGCAAAACAAAACAAUGAGCUUCCAAAAAGACAAACCAGUUUACACUUAUCAUUUUUAUAUGAAAAAGUUGGGGACAUUUUUUGUGCUAUGGGUAAGUAUGAUGAUGCAUUAAAAUACCACAAGAAAAGUCUUGAAAUACAUGAGGAGUUGCUUGGCAACAAUCACACAGUAACCUCUGACUCGUACAACAACAUUGGUAUUGUCCUACAUGAAAUGGGUAAGAAUGAUGAUGCUCUGAAGUAUUAUAAGAAAAGUCUUGUAAUAAAUGAAGAACAGUUUAAUGUGAACCCCCUUAAAACUGCUGACUCAUACAACAAUAUUGGUAAUCUGCUUUGUGACAUGGGUAAGUACAAUGAAGCAUUGACAUAUCACAGGAAAAGUCUUGAAAUACAGGAAAAGCUGCUUGGCACCAAACACACAAGAACUGCUGGAUCAUACAACAGUAUUGGGAACCUGCUAUUAAAGAUGGGUAUGUAUGAUGAUGCACUGAAUUUUUUAAAAAAAUCUCUUGAAAUACAAAAAGAACUGCUUGGCACCAAUCACACUGCAAUUUCUGGUUUAUACAACAAUAUUGGUCUUGUGCUACUGGACAUGGGUAAGUAUGACGAUGCAUUGUCAUAUCAAAGUAAAGGUCUUGCAAUACAGGAACAGCUGAUAGGUACUAAACACCCUAGUACUGCUGACUUAUACAACAAUAUUGGUACCCUGCUAAAGUGCAUGGGUAAGUAUGAUGAUGCAUUGACAUAUCACAGGAAAUGUCUUAAGAUUCGUGAAGAGCUGUUUGGCACCAAGCACACAAAAACUGCUGCAUCAUACGCCAAUAUUGGUAGUGUACUACAUAAAAUGGGUAAGUAUGAAGAUGCUCUGACACAUCACAGGAAAAGUCUUGAAAUAAGUGAGGAGCUGUGUGGUACAAAUCACAGUGAAACCGCUGGAUCAUACAGCAGUAUUGGUCUUGUACUACAUGACAUGGGUAAGUUUGAUGAUGCAUUGACAUAUCACAGGAAAAGUCUUGAAAUACGCAAAGAGCUGCUUGGUGACAAUCACAGGGAAACUGCCAUGUCAUACAACAAUAUUGGUAUUUUGCUACAUAACAUGGGUAAGCUUGACGAUGCUCUGAUAUAUUUGAAAAAAAGUAUUGCAAUAGGUGAAGAGCAGUUUAGUAUAAACCCCACUGAUACUGUUGACUCAUACAGCAACUAUGGUGACGUGUUAUGUGACAUGGGCAGGUAUGAUGAUGCAUUGACAUAUCAAAAAAAAGGUCUUGAAAUAUGUGAAAAGUUGCUUGGCACCAACCACACUAAAACUGCGCAAUCAUUGAACAAUAUUGGCCUUGUGCUACAUGCCAUGGGUAAGUUUGAUGAUGCAUUGACAUAUCAUAAGAAAAGCCUUGAAAUACAUGAAAAUUUGCUCGGCACCAAUCACACUAAAACUGCUGCCAUAUACAACAAUAUUGGCCGUGUGCUACAGGACAUGGGUAAGUUUGAUGAUGCAUUGGCAUAUCUUAAGGAAGCGCUUGAAAUACAUGAAAAGUUGCUUGGUACCAAACACUUAAAAACUGCUGUCGCAUACAUCAGUGUUGCUGUUGCACUACGUGAAAUGGGUAUGUAUGCAGAGUCUCUAAAAUAUUUUAAGAAUGCACUUGAUAUAUAUGAAACACAUUUUGGUGUCAAGCAUGAAAAAACAGCUUUAUGUUACCUAAAUAUUGGAGAAAUUUUGGUAGAAGUAAAGCUGUACAGAGAUGGAGUUCUUUACUUGAAGAAAUGUGCAUCAGUUCAAGAAGAGUUACUUGGUAUUACCCACCCCAGUACAAUAGAUACAUGUAAAGUGAUUGGUACAGUUCUCAUAGUGAUGGCACGAUUUACAGAAGCAAUCAAGUACUUCAAAAAAAUCAAAUGGAACAUUGCCAUUAACACAAUCCUGUACUGUUUGCCACCCUCACCCUAACCCCGUCGUGGAAUUUGAAAUUAUGUAUAUAUGUAAAACAAUAGGAACCCAAGCAGGAAUCAACUAUUUAAGUAUAAUGUACAUAUUAAAAAAUCUGUAAAAGAAAAUAUGUAUCUGAUGGCCCUGCACCUGUACAAUACCAGCUUGAUAACUUGUAAAUGUGUGCAUGAAUAUUUGCAUUUGACAUGUGGGUGUUUGAAACAGUAUAUCGUUUUUACUGGAAGAUAAAGAAACUCAUAUAUUAAAACAUGUCUCAUCAAAAUAACAAAAGGCGGGAACAAUUUAUAGCAUUGAUUAAGUGCUUUGAUGACUUUCCAUUCCUGAAUACCAAUAUAUUUUAGGGCGAAUAGUUGUACAGAAAAUAAUCAAGGUAAGGUCGUAUUUGAUGAAUGUUUAACUAUUCAAAGCAAAAAUAUUUGUUAUUUUUCCCACAGCUGGUGCUUUGGACAAUAGUAUAAUAUUUAUUUCAUUUGUAUUUCACUAACUUGCUGACCUGUAUUUUCCUAAGCAUCUGUGAUUUGAUCCUUUCAAAGUUUGUUCAAAGUGGCAGUCGAGGGAUAUUAAGUCAGAUACAGCUACUGGUCUUCCACUGUAUGUGAUCGACAUAUACCAAAGCACAUUUUAUCUGGGCUGCGCCUUGACAUACUUACACUUUUAUACAUUGCAUACAGUGGAUGACUAUGUAGUAACUAGUACUUAAUGUAAACUUGUUUUUAACAAAGCAUAAAUGUAUUGUUUGUUAUAUAACUGAACUCUAAACUGAUUUUGUACAUAGUUUUAGCAUUAGCUAGGUUCUGUCAAAGAACUGAAAUAGUGAAGGACUAUAUAUCACAGUAUUUCCAAUCAGUCGGGUUAACUGCAUGAUGAUCAUAGAAUCAUUUGUAGCAGCUUAAAAUUCUUUCCAAAAUAUUAUAAAAUGUGAGUUACAAACAAGUAUAAUAAUCAUUAUAAUAUAAGGUAUAAAGUUUUACUUACAGAAAAAC